UCUACAGUCGUGUGGAGCUGUUUACAUGCUCGUCUGCGUAGUCAAGAAGGUUUUAGAGAAUACAACCCCUAUCAGCAAUAUCUCUGGGAUGCCUGCUGUGUUGAAGUCAUGGUUUGAUUGAGGUGCGUGCUUCUAGGACAAGGACGUCCCCCAGAGUCAGGCACUAUGACGUCAACAGAGGACAAGGGGUCCGACAGGACGAUGGGGACCAGGGUGAGCAACCUGUUCCAGCUUCUGGAGAAGACAUUGGGGAAGUCCAGCAAGAAGCAGACGGUUGAAGAUCUUCAGCAGAUCAAGUACGUCACCACCAAGUUGCACCAGAUCGUCAAUGGGCAAGACAAGCUACAUCGGGACUUGAUACUGAAACAGUCGAGCAAUGUCGACAUCUUGGUGGCUACACUGCAGAAUACAUCAGAUGAUCAGGUCAUAGCAGGGGUGGUUGGUAUUCUCAUCGAACUGGUCGGUAAAGCUCAGGUAGGGAAGCGGGCCAGUCUCCUAGUCAACCAUGGUGUGACCUCUGUCCUCUUCCACAUCCUCAAGAUGGCAGCACAGGACAUGUCAUUGGCUGAUGAUGUCCUCAUGAAUAUUCAUAUGGUACUCAGCAAAAUUGGACACAAGGAUCGGAAGUUUGCUGUGAAGGCUCGGCUGAACAAAGUGCUGUUGUUGACACUUAGUCUCAUCAAGAGCAACACCUCCACCUUCCGUAACCUACAGAGUCUACUUCAGGUCUUCAAGAUGUACACUAACAACAGUGUAAAUGCAUCCUACCUGGGCAAACACAGCUCCAUCAAUGUCAUGUUCAAAGUUACCUCCCUUUGUGGUAAGAAGCACACUGCUGUCCUCAAGCUUGCCCUGGAUAACCUCAACAACCUGACAAAAUCAAAAAGCAACUCUGCGAGGACUAUUGGUAUGGGAGGGGUUCCCACAGUGUUGUCUCUCUACACGGACUGGCAUCAGACAGACAGCAAACACAGACACAUCAACCUCAGGAAGGCUGUGCUCAACAUCCUCAAGAACAUCACCAACCUCAAAUCUGGCAGGAAGGCGUUUGUGGAAUCUGAAGGUAUCCGGGUGCUGUAUGAGACGUCCCAGGAGGUGAUCGACUGUCGUGAGAUGGAAAGUCUCAUCUUGCUGGCCAGUAUCAUCAUGAGGAAGUGCUGUCCACGGAACAAACUUCCAGUUGCCGACGUCCAGAGUUGUGUGUCCUCCUUGCCAGCAUCCGAUUUCCACGUCCCAGAAUGCUGCCUGUCUGAUGAGCAAGGUAGGGUUUUAUUACUGGUGUCAAUUUGUAUGGCACACAAGGAACAAUCCUGCACCUUUGGUAUUGUGCCUAGUCAAGAAGAGAGUGAUCAUAGCUCGAUGGAUGACGAUGAUGAUAUCGAUAGUGAUGAUGAAAGAUUCCGAACUGAUCACUCAGAUGAGCCUGAUGAGGAACAGGGAGACGGGCUUGAACCCAUGAUACAAAGAUCAGCUGAAGACCUCCGAAUGUAUGAUAAGUUCUUUCCGGAACUAUUUGAAUAUGAUUUUGAGAAUCCAGGGGGACAAGGUUCGGUGGUGAUACCCACUGCUGCCUCAGAACCAAUGUUCCUCAGUGCAUAUGACCAUUACCCAGACAUUGCUUGCCGCCGAGUCAAGUCAUCUUCUAAUAUCAGUGACAGUUUCGGCCGGACAUCGCACAGAUCUGUUGGUGGUAGCGAAUCUGACACAGUCAUGAAUCGGAUAAGCAGCCAUCGACCUGUUGUAGGCAGUGACAUCAGCUUUGGGCGCUAUGGUCCAUUCCAGACCCAGGAAACUGCUACUGCUGUGAAUGUGAAAACCGGUGCCAGUGUGUUUUCCUUGGAUCUUCAAAUACCAAAUAGUAACAAACCCUUGCCAAAAUCUGCACAGUCCUCGCAAAGGCCAUCAAAAAAGCUGAAAAAUUCUAAAAAGUCCCAAACAGGAAAAGACAAGAAAUCAAAACGAAGCAAAGCGGAGCCUGAGUUCACAGAGGCUCUGUCUAUCACUCCGAUUUCCACCCCCCAUGAGUAUCUAGAGGACUAUGAUCGACCCAUGUCAUCCAGCAGUGAUGAUAUAGAUGAAUAUGACUUGAUAUAUGACCCUAGGGUUCACAAUCAUUUAGCCUCAGCAACAAGAAGUGCCUUUAAAUUCGAGAAACUGGGUUAUCCAGAUCUCCAUGGUGCCAAAGCAAUGCCUCUCCCUGAAAAUCUCUAUAACAGAAAGUUUGGAGUACAGAGAGCCAAAGUAUUUGAGGACAUUGACCGAAUGAUCCACCCUGACUAUGUUAUCGACCGUGUGGUGUACAACCUGGAUCUUGCCGUGUCAGAUGCUACCGGACUCAGUCAGGAAAACUCCAACCUGGCCAACAGAGAUGAGCUCAGGAUAGGUAGACAGGACAUGACCAGUAGUGCCUUACGAUUUAACUCUCAAUUUGAGAGUGGAAACCUCAGGAAAGUCAUUCAGGUACGUGAAUAUGAGUAUGACUUGAUCCUUAAUCCUGAUGUCAACACAAACCAUCAUCAUCAAUGGUUCUACUUUGAAGUGAGCAACAUGGUUGCUGAUGUGCCCUAUCGCUUCAACAUCGUCAACUGUGAAAAACUCAACAGCCAGUUCAACUCAGGGAUGAAGCCAGUGAUGUAUUCUGUGACUGAUGCUGUGGAGGGCCGUGGAUUCUGGAAGCGGGUUGGGACAGAGAUCUGUUAUUACAAGAACCACUUCAUCCGCAGUGGCCUCACGACUGGCGGUGUGAAGGGCAAGUCUUACUACACUGCUACCUUCACCGUCAAGUUUAAACACAAUCGGGAUAUCUGCUACCUGGCUUACCACUACCCCUACACCUACACCACACUCAUGACCCACCUGUACCUGCUUGAGGGGCAGCUGGACACCCGUCAGAUCUACUACCACAACCAGACCCUGUGUGACACCCUGGGAGGGAACGCCACCCCAGUUCUCACCAUCACUGCCCAGCCCCACACUCUCGACAAGGAGGGCAUAGAGGAUUUUAGGAGCCGUCCAUACAUUUUCUUGAGUGCUCGCGUCCACCCAGGGGAAAGCAAUGCAAGCUGGAUCAUGAAAGGUACAAUUGACUUUUUGAUGAGCAAGAGUUCACAUGCUCAACAGCUGCGAGAGAAAUUCAUCUUCAAGAUAGUUCCCAUGCUGAACCCUGAUGGUGUCAUCAAUGGAAAUCAUCGAUGUUCAUUGGUAGCUGAAGAUCUGAAUCGUCGAUGGCAACAUCCUUGUCCCAAGCUGCACCCGACGAUAUACCACACAAAGGGUUUACUUCAGUAUCUCAACAUGGUCGGCAAGACCCCUCUGGUAUAUUACGACUACCAUGGACACUCUCGGCGGAAGAACAUCUUCCUGUACGGCUGUAGCCCCUCCAUGUCCUGGAUACCGAGUGAUGCCCAGAACCCUGCCUCAAGUGGCAACAAGAGUGAAGACAAUGGCUUCAGGGCUUUGCCUCGUAUUUUGCACUCCGCUUGCCAGUCCUUCUCCAUACAAAACUGUAGCUUUGUGGUAGAGAGGGCCAAGGAAACAACUGCUCGUGUUGUGGUGUGGCGGCAGAUAGGUGUGGUGCGCAGCUAUACAAUGGAGAGCAGUUACUGUGGCUGUGAUCAGGGCAGGUACAAGGACCUGCACAUGAACACCAGGAUGCUGGAGGAGAUGGGGGUCAAGUUCUGUGAGUCCCUAGUGAGGGUCCUCAAGACAAGCUCAACCUUUGAACAGAUGCCUAACCUGGAACACAGCAUGGGUGGAGCUAACCAGGAAACUAUGGCAGGUGAGGACCUUGGCGACGAUGUUGUGUAUGACAUCGAUGAUGACAUGAAGGCUGAAGGACAGAGUGUCCUUGACCUUGACCUAAAUGAAGAUGACAGCGAUGAGGAGGCCUACCAAGACGAUGAGGAGGAGAACUAUUAUGAUGAUGAUGCCCAGUAAUACAGAGAUACUGCUACCCAUCACCAUGUCUUGCCAUCACUCAACAUCAGGAACAUACGAAGGACAACAUAAAUAAUGUUCUUGCUUCACUCCCUCCUACUUAUCCCACAGACUCAUGAAAUGGACAGAAUGUUCAUUGAGGAUUCCACAGAGACAAUCAAUAGCUGUAUGUGUGCUGUUUAGUUCAUAUGUGUGAUAGUGCAUCAUUUAGCAUCAUUGACAAGGAGAAGGUUCACCUGUUUCUGACAACACUCAAUACAAGCAGUGGCUUCAGUAGUCCAAGGCUUUUAUGACGAAAGUGCAUCGAGAAUAAGCCCAUCGAAUAGCACAUGAUUGCCAACUUUGUUAUGACAGAUGAGAAAAGUCGUCUUUCUUGACGUAUAUGAGAACAGCCCUUAAUUUGCCGAAACAGCUUCAUGGCCAUUGAGAUGUAUAAAAAGAGUGUGUGUUUGUAAUUAUUUGUUUGUUUACUGACUGACGCAUCAGACACCUUGGCUCCAGGGAAACUGGAGUCAAGUAUAGACAAAUGAAUCAGAUAGGCCCCACUGACCGAUACCUUCCAAUAUCAGCAUCACCAACAUCAGCUUCUAGAAUGAUCACAAGACAAUAUGUACAUAUGCAAUGGUUGUAUGGAUAGUUAGCUGGAUCACACAUAUGUAUAGAGAUGUAGAAUGUGUUUUGUGUUACACCAUAAAUAGACUUGCCAUACAUUGAAACAACAGAUAUCAGUCAUCUCUAUCUUUAUGCAUUUAUUAUUCACCAGCAUUUCAGGUUAUAUUUCAUGUACUUAUUACAUAUGGAGCUGUGACAGUAUGUUUGUAUGUAGAUAAUUCCAGUACAUAAGUUCCUAUAUAUAUACUCUGUUAACAUUUUAUGUCAACCUGACAAAACAAACCGUUUCAAAUUGCUAAUCCCAUGGAUUCAUAUGUCCAUUAGUGCCAGUUUCUGAACCGAAUGAUGUGCAGGUGAUUUGUGAGACAUGUUGCCAGAAUUAAUCAGUCAUGAUGUGUUCUGUGUUGUAUGUCCUGGUGCCUGUGUGAUAGUGCUGAUUGAACAGUCUAGAUAUGCCUGCUGUCAUGAGGGACAGGUAGCUGUUGUUGCAUGUAUAUUGUCAGAUUGCCUUACAAACAUUACAAGCUUCUUCCAUAGACAGUACUUACUUAGAGCCUCUACCAUCCUCUGGUAGCCACUGUUUGGUCUGUGUUUUAUUAAUAAAUGCCCUGGAUCGAUUCAACACCAUGCAUAGCUUUGCUUAUGAAAAUCUGUCCUUCUCUUUUCACUCAGCAGGCACAGUUUUUCACUUUCCUGAACUUAAGAUCAGCAGUCAGUCAAAAUGAUUCCUCUGUAUGUGAGUUGAACUUUUAAGCGACAAAUUGUUUUCCAGAGUAUUUUGACGUAGAGGGAAAUAAUUAUAUUCUGGGUGUUCCAGUUUCCAUUUGAGAUAGUAUUUGCUGGUAACCAAGCAAAUGAAGUACUGAGGGUAUUGGAGGACAGGAAUUUGAUUGGCUGAAUGAGGCUAUGCUUUUAUAUGUGUCCAGGGUAUUUACUGUAGAGAGGAAAUAUAAUUCACUGUAUAUUGGAUGAUUUGCCUGUACAAGUGGCAUUAGUAUUAGCUCAGGAUAUACAGCCCCAAAAUGGCUGCCACCCAGGUGAAUCUGAUGACAAGAAGGUGCUAUUUGGGCCACACUGCUGCAUCAUCUUGACUUGGGAUUCACAAUUUACCUAAAGCAGUAAGUGUGGAAUAUGAACAGUACAUAGAUGGAACUAAGAAAAUAUUUAUUGAAUUACUUUAUUGUUUCAAGUACAUUUCAAUGUGUAAAACAAGGAAAUACGUCCUCUGACCUAAAUAGCGAUGUUGGUACAUAACAACCAGGUACAUGGGUUCUGAUUAGCUGUUAUGGAGUUUACCGUAUUGGGGACUCAGUCAAACACCAAUCUUCACAGCAAUACCCACAGCUGUGCUGCUGUGAUCGCUCUGAGACACAAAACCAGACUGCAUGUCUAGUGGAGAUGUGGCAGCUUCAGUUUGCAACUUCUGCCAAAAGAAAACCUCAUUUUAUUUACAUUUAUUGUUAUUCACAGUUUCUCUAUUGGAAACCUGAAUGUGUUGCCUACCUAGUGCUGAAGAUGUGAUGGCUUGUCCUGCUAGGCUUUAUCUAACAUACCUCAUGUAAAUAUUUUGUGAGGAACUUGAAUGUUCAUUGUAUGAAUGUAUAUAUAUUUUUGUUUUGUAUGUGUUUUAGAUGUUGGGAAAAUCCUUUGCAAUGCCGUUAUGAGUUGGACUUUCAAACUAAACUUUUAAAAUCAAACACCUUUUUCUUGUUUGGCUCUUGUACAUACUUUUUUAACGUCAUGGUAAAUAUGUUGUCCAUACACCUUCAUUUUCAAUUCUAUUUAUAAAGGAAGAAACUGAACUGAAAAUGCAUCAAUGAUGCCUUUGUUGACCUCUGUACAUUGAACAAAUUGUCUUUAUUUAAACUUUUUGAGUUGUUUAAAUUGAAGAAAUUAGCCUGCAGUGGGUCCUCAAAUAUGUGUUUUGUUGUUGUUCAAAGUUUCAGUCAUUUACUUUUGUCACCUCCGCACAUUUCAUAUUUUGAGUUUCUACUCUAAGACUACAAGAGCAAUAUAAUGGCAAACUUGAUGUUUUAGUUUAGUUAUCUCUGUUUAGUUUUCCAUCAUAUGUUUGGAUUAGUUUCCAUGGAAACCAUACAUAUUAGUUAUGAAGCAAUUUGUUCACCCUUUGUGCAUUAAUGUUAGUUUGAACUGCAUAUUGGGCCUGAGGUAUUCUUUUUAAACUUUUUGUAUGUAGUAACAUUAUUCAAUGUCAUCUGUGAAAGAAUUACACGAGGACCAUGCUGGGUUGUAUCUCUUGAUUUGGUCUCCAUAUUAACUGUUUCGUCGAGGCAGUAUCUUCACUCAAUUUAUCUGCUGAAAGGUGUAUAAUUGAGCACAAUCUUUCCUUUUCCUUGACUGAUUAUCUAUUUUCCCCAUGAUGUUAGGGUGAAAUAAUGUCCCUAAUAUACAG